AAUCACCCCGCACAUCGCAUCCCAAUCCCGCAAUAACGCCGCACACUCGUUCGUACUUCGUAGCAUAAGUACUUCGCAGUUCACUGCAUAACUCCUUACCUCUUAGAUACUUAGAUCUAACUAUCUAACUUCCCUUCUCUCUCUCUCUGUCUCUCAAAUAAUGGCACGCAGCAAAACCCAAAAACCCUUAACAGAGGACCCACCGGAGGCGGACUCCUCCGAAGAGGUCACCGGCUCUUCUUCCUCCGGCGAAGAAGGCGAAGAACCCGAGGAAGAAGUCUCCAACACUGGUUCCUCCUCCGGCGAAGAGGAGGAAGAAGAAACCCCAUCAACCCCUGUACCACCGCCUUCCUUCAAGAAAAUCCCUCUUUCCGCCGCCGCCACUAAGAGACCCCUCUCCGAGGAUGACUUCGACGAUGAUACCAGCGACGAUUCACCGUUGCACACCUUAAAGUCUGCCUCAAAGCCCGCCAUUGAAACCCCUUCUAAGCCCAGAUCUAAGUCUACCGUCGCCGCCGAGAAACGCCCAUCGGAGACAGAACUCAAGACGUCUUCUAAAAAACCGAGAAAAGAGAAAUUAGUAAGUGGGGCCGCCCCUGCUGCUGCUGCUUCCCCUGUCGUUCACGAAGAGGCUUCAAAGAAGCUGUUUCAGAGGGUGUUUAGUGAAGGCGAUGAAAUUGAGAUUCUGAAAGGUAUGAUUGAAUAUAGGGCUAAAAGAGGGGCUGACCCUAUGGUUGAAAUUGAUGAUUUUUAUGGGUUUGUGAAAAAAUCUGUGCAUGUUGAUGUUAAUAAAGGUCAAAUUGUUGAUAAAGUCCGUAGGCUUAAAAAGAAGUUCUUUAAUGCUAAGAAGAAGAAGCUCAAUAACCCUCAUGAAAUUCAUGCUUUUGAAUUGUCUAAAAAGAUUUGGGAUAUUAAUGGAGGUGAUGAUGUUAUGGAGGAUGACAAGAUAAACAAUGUGACUAUUGCUGAAUAUAAUAACAAUCACAACAAUAAUGUUGGGUCGAAACCGAACUCCAAACCUAGGGUUCUGAAGCUUAAAACCAAAGUUGGUGUUGGUGUUGGUGGUGGCGGUGGUGGUGGUGGUAUUAGUAGUGGUAAUGGGGUUGUUGUUAUGGAGGAUAACGAGGGCGAAAAGGGUGGUGGAAAGGUGUCUGACAUUGUUGAGAAAGAUGUUGAGUUUGAGGUUGGAGAAGCUGUAGCUUGGGAGAAGUUGAGGAAGAGAGGUUUGACAAUGAUGGGAGCGAAGGCGAGGGCCGAGAUUGAUGAGAUGUGGGAGAAGGUAGCAAUGAAGCAAGCUGAGGCGAAGAUCAUGCGUUCUGAAGUUGAACGAGAAGAGACUAGGAGGAUUAUGGAAGCUCUUAGGUCUGGUAAGAAUUAGGUGUUGCAUUGAAGAAGUUCGAUGUGGACCGAGUUUUGUGAAGGUUGGAUUGGAACAAUGCGGCAGGUAGAUUGAAUUAUGUUUCUAUGGUUUAGUGUUUUUCAAGUUUGAAGAAGAUUGGAUAGAGAUGAUUCUUGUCUAAUUGAGCCGGCUUUUUAUGUUUUAAGAUGUUUGUAGGUACAGUGAGGGCUUUGGUUGUGUUUAGCUAUUGUUAAAUUCUUAUGGUAUGGAAUGAUUAAUGCUAGUUCUGUUAUUCUAAUGCUAUGUUAUGCUUAUUGUUCUUGCUA